AUGGCUAAGGACAAGUCAGAAAAGAUAAAGAACGUUGCUUCCGAGCCCACAGCAGAGGUUGAAGAUGUUGAUAUGGUCGAUGCCCAGGUGCGUUCCACGGUUACUCGCAACUCAACCCAUGCUUAUACAAACUCGGCGCAGAAUGAAAGAAAAACGAAGAAGAACAAGGAACAGAUUUCAAUACCUUUGGAAGACCUAUCCCCAAUAGCGCAUCCACUAGCGCAAAAGAAACUUCUCAAGAAGCUGCACAAAGCGAUUAAGAAAGCAUCAAAAGCACGGGAAGUUAAGAGAGGUGUCAAAGAAGUGGUGAAGGGAAUUCGCAAGGGCGAGAGGGGACUUCUUGUGCUAGCCGCAGACAUCACACCAAUCGACAUCAUCUCCCACCUACCGAUUUUGAGCGAGGAGGCUCAAAUUCCGUACGUUUUCGUGACCUCGAAGGAGGAGCUCGGAAAUGCGAGUGCAACAAAACGGCCUACCAGCUGUGUCAUGAUUUGCCCCAACCAGAAAAAGAGCGGCAAACGGAAGGAAGGGGAGGUUACGAGCAAGGACGACGAUUACCGGGAACUGUACGAGGAAUGCUGUCGAGAAGUGGAGAAACUAGACCACAAGAUUGUAGUCUGA